AAGGAACAACACAAAUAUUCCAUUAAAUUGAAAAUGAAACAGCAAAUGUAUACAACACUUCCAAGAAGAGAAUGUCUCCUGACAAAGAAUGGAACCUUUUUCCUCAUGUAUAUAUAUAUACACACACACACACACACAAUAAUUCUUUCUUGAGCUCAAUAAUGAUGUAUUAAAGCAGCAAAUAAAUUAUCUUUCCCUUUUUUCUAAUCAACUUCAAUCAGCCAUGGCCUCUGGUGCAGACAAAUCAACGGCUCUCGUCUUUCUAACAGCAAAUGUUAUCCUCUACUUCAUAAUCAUCGUCUUUUCAUCGUGGGCCGUCAAUCAUGGCAUCGAACAAUCUCGCUAUACGGCAUCUGUUCUUUCGCUACCGGCUCAUAUUUUCCCUAUAUAUUUCCCAUUCGGAAACAUGGCUACUGGUUUUGUGGUCAUUUUGUCGCUUAUAGCUGGGGUUGUUGGAUUUACGACAUCAAUUAUCGGCAUUUAUAACGUGAAACAAUGGAAUGCUCCAAAUUUACAUGCAGCUGCUUCAUCUUCUCUUGUGGCAUGGUUACUCACACUUCUUGCUAUGGGGGUGGCCUGCAAUGAGAUAUCUAUAGGCUGGAUAGAAUCAAACUUAAGAAUAUUGGAGACAGCAUUGAUUCUUGUGAGUGGAUCUCAUCUAUUCAGCACUGUUGCUAUCCACAUUGGUGUUGCUGAUGUAGUUGCUUCAACCACUCCUAUGAUCAUUUAA